AUGACCUGUAUUAGUGAAGGCGUCCGCUGUGAUGAAUCAGGCUCUCUCAUAGCGAAGCCCUGUACCGAGAAAGAAAUUCUGUUCUAUGAAUCAGGUGCCAAUCACCCGGCGUUUCAGAGAUACAUGCCUACGUUUAUCGGUUCACUGCGCGCUGGUGCUCCCAAGGAGGCCCUUGAUAUAUCGAAUGCGGAUGCAGAUGCACCACUAGUUAUUACUUCAGCAGAGGCACCCGUGGAGAGGACUUCCUUGCCUAUGGAAUUGGCGACAGAGACAGAUAGCAUCUCCAUCACCAGGCCAGCGAAGCAACCAGAUCAGCCAUGGGUUCCGUCUGGCGGUAAGAAGCUUGAUACCGGGCUGUCAAUCGUUCUGGAGAACAUUACGGAUGGCUUUGUACGGCCAAACGUGUUGGAUGUCAAACUUGGUGCAAGGCUCUGGGACGAUGACGCUGUUCCUGAUAAAAGAAAGAAACUCGACCAGGUGUCGGCUGAGACGACAAGCGGGAGCUUAGGCUUCCGUAUUGCCGGAAUGAAGACAUGGGUUGGGGGAGACACACGGUCUGGAGCUGACAUUGAUGUCACCGCACAACAUCUUGCUUCAACAGCCAGUGAAACCAUCAAGUCCAAGGCUAAAGUAGUCGAGUCUGAGGGCUAUCUUCGUUUCGAUAAGUGGUAUGGACGAGGCUUUGAUGAGCAUAACGUCCAUCAGGGCUUCAAGACCUUCCUCGCCUCCGCUAAGGCCGGAACUGUCGACCGAUCUGCUUUUAUAGCGGAGAGGAUUGCAACUGAGUUACGAGCGAUGCAAUCGGUUUUGGAGUCAGAGGAGAGCCGCAUGUACUCAGCCAGUGUUCUGAUAGUCUAUGAGGGGGACCCCGAAACGUUCGAGAAGGCCCUCGAGCUUGAGCGUGAGCAAGCCAACAAGCCUGAAGACCUAUCCACUCGGACUACGGGUCAUGGAGGGGACACUGAUGAGGAGGCAGAAGAGGAGGAUGAGGAUGAAGAAGAGCUCCCAAAAGUCCAUGAUAUCCGGCUUAUCGACUUUGCACAUGCCAGUUGGACGCCUGGACAAGGCCCAGAUGAGAACCUUCUGAGAGGGUUGAGAAAUGUUGCGAAGAUCAUGGAAGACCUAUCCAAGGUUUCCAACUAG